AUGGGAAGUGGACUGUCUAACAAUCAAAUCAAUAACUUUAGAAUGCUAUCUCUAUUUUAAGAGAAGUCUUUAGAAAAUGAUAAAGUAAAGGCUGACUAAAGUGAAUUUAACAAUAGAUUAGAGGAUACAACUAUGGUGUCGCAGAAGAAUAAACUCAAGUUUUAAACUAAUCUCAUUGAAAUGAUUCGUAAUAAACCGAAAAAGGUGAAUACAACUCCAAUGCGUGUUAGUGGAGUUAUUUCUAAAUCCCCUGGUAUAAAGAAACCAUUUAUUGAAUAUGCUCAAACAAAUCUCAUUCAUUUUGUUAGAUCAUCUUAAAAGAUGGAAAAAGCUGAACUUUCAAUGGAAAAAUAUCUCAACAUUAAGGAAUCUCAGAUGUUGAGUUCCCAAAGACUCAAGCCUCGCAAAUCUUUAGCUGUUUAGAACACACUCGAAGUUGUAUAGACAUCUCGUCUGGAAAAAAGUAUAAAUGUUGAAGGAAUGGCAUAAAUUAAUUAAUACACAGUAAUUGAAAAUUUGGGUCAGGGAGCAUUUGGUAAAGUUAAAAAGGCUCAGAAUUUUAAAGGAGAAUAAUUUGCAAUUAAGAUAGCAAACAAAAAAAAACUGAAAAAGAAACUUUUAUCUAAAUCAAAUGCAUAUACAAUGUUGGAAAGAGAAAUUGCUAUUAUGAAAAAAAUCUCACAUACUAAUGUAGUUCAAUUGUAUGAAGUCAUUGAUGAUCCUAAAUAAGAUAAGUUGUACCUAGUUAUGGAAUUUAUGGGGAAAGGCAGCAUUCUUAGUAAAGGCUUUUUUAAGAAGAACAAAUAGACAUCCAAUAUUUUGGAUGAAAUUGAUGAUAAAAAUAUCAAUUCAAGAUUGACUGAAGAAUAAUGUAGACAUUACUUUAGUGAUUUCAUUAAAGGAUUAGAUUAUUUACAUGAAUGUGUUAAUGUUAUACAUAGAGACAUCAAACCUGAGAAUUUAUUGGUCAAUAUCUAGGAUUAAUUGAAAAUUGCUGAUUUUGGAGUUUCACAUAUCAUGGAAGAUGGAUAAGAUGGAAGAAUCUCCAAUUAAACUGGUACUCAAGCUUAUUUGGCACCUGAAGUAUUUAAAGGAUAGAAUUUCGAUGGAAAACCUGUUGAUAUAUGGGCAGGAGGAGUGACCUUAUAUUAGAUGGUUUAUGGUAGACUACCCUUUCCAAGUUAGAAAUCUAUGGAAUUAAGAUAAUAAAUAUUGGAAGACAAUCCUCCUUAUUCUUAGCCGACUGGAUUUCAUCCUUCAAUUCUUAAAUUACUAUAAGGAAUGCUAGAGAAGAAUCCUGAAAAGAGAUAUAAAAUAGAUCAAAUAAUUUUAGAUGAUUGGUUGACUGAUUUUGGUAAAUAACCAUUGCAGAAUGAAUACAUCCAAUAUGUAGGUGUUACUGAAAUGGAUAUCAAAUCAGCCUUGACUAGUUUAAAUAUCUAGAUGGCCUUGAAAAUUGUGGUUAAACUAUUGUAUUUAUCAAAAAAAGCGAAAAAAAAAAUAGCUAUGAAAAAAUAAUAAAAGAAGAUUUGA